CCGAUCCCAUCUUCUUCCACUGAUUGCGACGGAGGAGUCACCAAAUUACUGCCAAGGGAUACUUCAAAGUGUGGCCAAUUCGGAUUUAUCGGAGUUUGGAGGAGUUAAGUGGUCAUCGGCCAUUAGUCCCCGCAUUUGCCGAGUAAGCUGGCUGCACGGGCAAUUUGGAGCAUCAUGGUUUGAUGUGAGACGCGAGCAUCAGAAAGAAAUGGUGGAACUCGAACACCAUUCUACGAAUCCCAACAGACUCUUCUCAAGCAUGGAAGGGUCUCCCUGCCAAGGCCAUACUCCGUCGACGGUAGUAUCCACCCAGAGAAAGGGUCAUAGGUGACCUCACACUCUACGUGGAGUUAUGACCCUUAUAAAAGCCAUUACCCCAGACGCUAUAAAUCCAUAUCCUCAUUCCCUUCCAGACAGUUCUCGUCGUAAUAUUCAUCAAAAGUUUCUAUCUAAGUCAGAUCACAAGCAACUAUAUCCACCAAACAAUCGCUGCCCAAAAUGGUCAAGACACUCGCCUUCGGAGACCUUCAAGUCCCAUCGCCUGGCUUUGGUGCCAUGGGCCUCAGUUUCGGUCUGGGGACCAAUCUCAGUUACGAAGAAGCCGAGCCGGUGCUCUUGAAGGCUAUUGAGCUAGGGUGUACCUUCUGGGACACUGCUGUCGUCUACCAAGCUGGUGUGAAUGAGAAGCUUUUGGGAGACUUUAUCAGGAAGCACAAUGUUCGCGACAAAGUCUUUAUUGCUUCCAAGUGCGGCUUCGACGUCUUUUCCGGAAAUGGUGGUGUCACAAACUCUGCCUCGCACAUCAAGGAGUACAUUGAAGGCACCAUCGAGCGGUUGGGGUUCACUCCUGACCUUUACUAUCUGCAUCGAAUUGAUCCCAACACCCCUCUGGAAGAGUCCAUCCCAGCUCUGGAUGAGAUUCGUAAGGCAGGAAAGACCAAGUACAUCGGCCUCUCCGAGUGCUCAGCUGCGACGCUGCGCAAAGCGAACUCGAUCGCGAAGAUCGAUGCUGUCCAGGCAGAGUACUCAGCAUUUGAGACCCUGCACGAGACUGAUGGCCUGAUUGAAACUACCAAGGAAUUGGGUAUCGCCUAUGUGGCUUAUAGCCCCUUGGGACACGGCUGGCUUGUUGAUGAUUUCCCCUUCAAGACUCCUGAUGACUUUGCGCCGAGUGAUUUCCGUCGGACUUCCCCCAAGUUCCAAGGUGAAAACUUCUACAACAACAAGCGAAUUGUAGACGAGAUCCAGAAGCUUGCAUCGAGGAAGGGUUGCACAAUCAGCCAGAUCGCCCUGGCCUGGGUUGCUGCUCAGGGCAUGAUUGCCAUUCCAGGAACGACCAAGGUGCACCGAUUGGAACAAAACUGGGCUUCACGGGAGGUCGACUUGACCGAGGAGGAGAAAGAGGAGAUGCGAAAGAUCAUUGAUGCUGCUAAACCACAUGGAAACAGAUAUGGCCCUGCCAACCAGGCCAUGGUUGGACACUGAGCUGGCUAUGUCUCUUUGGCUGGAGUUCCAUCAUCUAUUAAACAGAUUCAUGACUUGGUUAUGAUACUCGAAGACUGAGAUUGGGACACAUGUAUAUAC